UGAUCAUGGUGAUAAUUAAGGUCAGUGUACUCGGUUUUAAGUGAUAAUUUUGUGAGGACCGGGGCAAAGGUCCUCGCAACCAAAAAGGUCCUCACAAUGGGGGAAAUACACACACACACACACACACACACAGCGCUUUCGCUUUUCCGCUUUCCUAGCCGUGAAUACUUGACGUCUGCGCAAUGCGUCUGCAAAAGCGCAGGCGCUGCGUGUGACGUAAGCGAGAGGCGACCAAUGGCGUUGUAGAUGUACGCAGGAAUAUUUGCGCAGUUGCAUAGUGAAGGGUGCAGCCAUUAUUUUUUGGUGCCUCACUGUUAACUACAGGUUGUAGACUAAGCUGAAAAAGAAAUAUACCUGAUACCGCGAAUAUUUUGCUAAGCUCUUAGCUCUCACUAAGCAGAGAUUUCUGAGCACUUUUUAUUUUUUAUUUUUCAGGGAAGUACACGCGGGAAGCCUGAGGAGAGUCUGGAGACUGUUUGUGCGUAGUUUUGAACCGCACCGUAACACGGAACUAUAACAUUAUUAACACGAACUGUUUGACUCCCAGUGUAGUGAUGGACGUGUCGCUGAAAAUCGAGUCAUCUGAAAGUGUUAUGCCUCCAUCCUGCGAUGAAAGUCCAGCUGCAACUGAGUCGACUGCGAGCAUUUCUUCUGUAACUGCGGCUCAUCAUGUGGAGCAGCUCAAGGAGCCGACCCCUGUGUUCCUUUACCCUAUCAGUAUAAACAGUCCUGUAUCUGUAUAUAGAGACCAGAAGGUACCCCAUGCUGUUAGAAGGGAGGAAGCAAGAAAAGGUACUGCGGCACGGGGCUACCCUGAAGCAGUGUCUACCUCAUCCGAGUUCACCCACCGUGCUAUUGUGCACCUCAUUGAAGCGAUGCAUCGUUGCUGGGACGUGUAUGGCUCCCAUGAACGCUCUCGUCUCUUCCAGAAUGUCCAGAAUGAGCUGGAGAACCUUGGCCACUUGCUGCCAGUAGAAAAGAUUAGAAGAAAAUGGAACAACCUCAUUGUCACAUACAAGAGAGUAAAAGAGCGCAGCAGAUUGGGCAGAGGCCAGGCCAAGACCUCAUGGGAAUACUUUGAGAUGAUGGACAAAGUAUUGGGAAAAACAAAGAUCAAUCAGCACGAUCCUGCUUCAGCCACUCCUGUUGGAGUUGCAACCACAGCUAAAACAGCUGUAAAGUCUGAAGAGCACCAGCCGCACAGUGUGUCAGUCGCUGCAGUGGCCACUCCUUGUUUGCUCCCUAGUGGCCUCUUCACCGCACCUUCCCCAGUUCCUACACUGGUGACAUCCCCUUUGCUGUGUAACACAUCCCCAAAUCCAGACCCAAGCCCUGCAUGCAGCACUGACAGUUCCAUGCCCACGGUUUCCCCCAGACCUGCUUCCAAGAUCACAAGGCAGCCACUGAAACGGAGGUUUCUGCAUCUUCAGCUCGGCUCAGUGGGCUCUCGCAUUGCCCAGCAGCAGGGGCACGCAGGUGAGCGUACUACCCUUCUUCGCAAUUUCAUCACCAGUCAUGAAGAACGCGCACGCCUGGAUGAGCAGCGUCACCGCAAAAAUGACGCCCGUAAACGGCGCCAGGAAAGAACACUGGGUAGCAUGGCUGAAGCAGUGGGAAGGAUGGCAACAGCCCUGGAGUUAAUCUCAUCCAAGCAAGACACUAUCAUUGCCCUGCUCCAGAGACUGGCUGAUAAAUAUUAAGGAACAAAUCAAAAGAAGAUUUAAAAAAUAUAUAUGAUUUCGUUAGAUUCAGAUGGUCCUAUGUAUGUGUGUGCAGUGUUGUUUUUUCAUUUAUUGUUUGUUAUUAAUUACAAGUAAAUGUAGAAAUGUUACUGGAAAUGUAGAGUAAGUUUUCCACUCUUCUUCUUCUUUUUUUAUUUUUACUUUGUUAAGCAUACUACAUUUUUCAAUAUAGUACUGCUACCAAAUACUACAUUAAAGUGUUCUGACAUUCAAGAUGUUUGUGAUUAGUAGGGCUGCAAGAACUAAUUGAAAAUCGAUAAUUAAAAUAAUCAAUAGCAAAUUUCAUUAUGGAUUAGUUGGGUCUGUGACAUCACUGAUGGGGGGUUUAUCCACAGUGACGUCACUUCAGAAUGGUGAAAAACACAUUUCCAUGAAUUAAACAUGUCUGAGAAACAGCGGAGGUCACAGAGUGAGCUGCUGCUGUGGGAAAAGUGCACGAUCAAACUCGUAAGUGUAUUAACGUGGCUUGUCAAGUCGGAUGCUGCUACAGAUGCGUGUGCUGUUUAAUGUGUUCCAGGCAUGUUUUCUUCAGUGCAGAAAUGACAUUUUUACGUUUAUAUCCUUAUCUAUAACUGUUAGAAAUUCAUGCUAGUAUUUUACAUAAAGCAUUUUACAUGAAGACUCGUCCUGACAGCGAGUGAGUCUCCAUUAAACUUCACUGGACGAGCGCGAGUCCACGUAUACGCAUCAAACAGCACACAAUAGAAAAGAAGCGUAAUAACUCUGAAUAAAAUAUUCAUUUUGAUUAAAAUAUGUUGUUUGAUGCUAUAUUUAGCGAUAUUUAGAAACAAAAUGAAUUGUGUUUUUUUAAUGAGAGCAGUAGCUGUAAUGGGGUUAGAACAUGUAUAGCAAUGUAAGAAGUGUCAUACAUUUACAGAAUAAAGAAACAUGUUACUGUGUUCAGAUGAGUGAAUGUGUGUGUUAACACUUAGUUUGUGCUUUUGUUUGUCUUUUUUUAAGCAUUUUAAUAUAGGGAUGUAAAUUCUGCUUUAAAGCUUGUGGACAAUCAGGGUUUUUUUUCAAAAUAUAAUGCUAAUAUUUAAAAAAAAAAAAUCCUUUGCACAUGUAUAGCAUGGCCCACAUAGAUACAUUUAAUAUCUUUUUCAUAGCCUUCACUUUGCAUAACAUUUGAAGGACAACAUUGAGCAUAAAGUGAAAUAACAUGUUUUUUUUUGGCCUUUUAUCCAACAAAUCAAUAAA